AUGUCAGCUGUCCAAUCUACCAAGUCUAAUGAAGGGUCCGAGCCCAAACCGGAGCUCGCCACCCCGACCACUGUUCCCUCUUCCUCCAAGAAACUUAGUCUCUUCGACCGGUUCCGUGCCGCCAUAUCGGAGCCUGUCGUAGCCGCUUUUUGCGCAGGUGGCGUGGCGGGCGCCGUUUCGCGCACCGUUGUGUCACCGCUCGAGCGCCUUAAGAUCCUCUUCCAAGUACAAAGUGCAGGUCGCGAGGCAUACCAACUCAGCGUUGGGAAGGCGCUGGCCAAGAUGUGGAGAGAGGAGGGCUGGCGCGGAUUUAUGAGGGGCAAUGGCACGAACUGUAUACGGAUCGUGCCGUAUUCGGCGGUGCAGUUCGGCAGUUACAAUUUCUACAAAAAGCAUUUCUUUGAGCGGCACCCGGGGGACAGUCUCACCCCCAUGUCGCGCUUGACAUGCGGCGGACUCGCCGGUAUCACGUCCGUUACCUUUACGUACCCGCUUGAUAUCGUACGCACACGGCUCUCAAUUCAGUCAGCAUCGUUUGCGGAACUCGGCGAGAAGCCCAAGAAGCUGCCCGGCAUGUGGCAAACUAUGGUGAUGAUGUACAGGACGGAAGGCGGAUUCACGGCCUUGUAUAGGGGAAUUGUCCCGACCGUGGCUGGCGUUGCACCAUAUGUCGGCCUUAACUUCAUGACAUACGAGUUCGUCAGGCAAUACCUGACAUUGGACGGCGAACAAAAUCCCAGCGCGGUUCGAAAGCUAGCCGCUGGCGCGAUCUCCGGUGCUGUUGCGCAGACAUGCACAUAUCCCUUUGACGUGUUGCGACGCCGAUUCCAGAUUAAUACCAUGUCCGGCAUGGGUUACCAGUACAAGUCUAUUCCAGAGGCUGUCCGGCUCAUCGUCGCUCAAGAAGGCAUCAAGGGCCUCUACAAGGGCAUCGUACCUAAUCUGCUCAAGGUGGCGCCGAGUAUGGCGUCAAGCUGGCUAAGUUUUGAGAUCUGCCGCGAUUUCUUCGUCAGCUUGAAGCCGGAAGAGACACCGCUGUUGAGGUGA